UCGAAAUAGUAUUACCCCUUGCAGUUAUUGUUGUUAAUUUUCGACAUUUAUGGAUUAACAUUUGUGAUGUGAAGCAUAUUUGAUUAAGGGUUUACCUCAAUUUAUGGAAGCAGUCGUUUGGCUGGCCAUUGUUCUGGAACGAUCUUUUCUAAAGACGCAGAACCAUGUCAUCCAAGGAUGAGGGGGAAGGUGUCACUGCUAAAUCUUUGGCCAUGGCAACACAGAGUUUAAUUACCAACUGCAAUAGUAGGGAGAACAACCACAAGAACCUUCGUGAUGGAGUAGGAAGGUUGCAGCCAGAACCAAGCCUUGAAAUGGGCGGUACCGUGGACACCAGCACAGCAGCUAAGAACUUGGCUUUGCUUAAAGAACACUCCCUUGAUGUGCACUUUGAGGUUGGCGAGGAGUAUGACAUUAUAGAGACCAUUGGCACAGGGGCCUAUGGUGUUGUGUCCUCAGCCAGGAGGCGGGAUAAUGGUCAGCAAGUAGCGAUAAAGAAAAUUCCCAAUGCAUUUGAGGUGGUGCAAAACGCGAAGCGUACAUUGCGAGAGUUGAAGAUUCUUAAGCAUUUCAAACAUGACAACAUUAUUGCCAUCAAAGACAUCCUCCAGCCUAGCCUCCCUCACUCUGCUUUCAAGUCUGUAUAUGUGGUUCUAGACCUGAUGGAAAGUGACCUCCACCAGAUCAUCCACUCCCGCCAGCCGUUGACUCCGGAGCACACGCGCUACUUCUUGUACCAGCUCCUCCGUGGGCUCAAGUAUGUGCACUCGGCCAACGUCAUCCACCGUGACCUCAAGCCGUCCAACCUGCUGGUCAAUGAAAACUGUGAGCUAAAGAUUGGUGACUUUGGUAUGGCCCGGGGCCUCAGCUCGCACCCGGAGGAGUCCCAAUCCUUCAUGACUGAGUACGUGGCCACACGCUGGUACCGCGCCCCUGAACUAAUGCUUUCGCUGCAUCAUUACAGCCUGGCAAUCGAUCUGUGGUCCGUGGGCUGCAUUUUCGCCGAGAUGCUAGGACGAAAGCAGCUGUUCCCAGGGAAGCACUAUGUCCACCAGUUGCAGCUUAUUCUGUCUGUGCUAGGUACACCUCCGGAGGGCGUGAUUGGGGCAAUUGGGGCCGACCGAGUGCGCUCCUAUGUGCGGAGCCUGCCGUUGCGCAACCCGGUACCACUGGCCAAGUUGUACCCACAGGCUGAGCCUGCUGCGCUGGACCUGCUGGCUGCCAUGCUGCGUUUUGACCCUCGCGAGCGGAUUGGUGUCAGCCAGGCACUGGAACACCCCUACCUAUCCAAGUAUCAUGACCAGGAUGACGAGCCCAUCUGUGUUCCUGCCUUCGACUUUGAGUUCGACAAGGCUCAGAUGAGCCGAGAGCAGAUCAAAGAUGCCAUCCUGGUGGAGAUCCAGGACUUCCACCGACGGAAGCAGAACAACCAUCAGAAGAUCCAGUUCCGGCCUUUACUGAGGCAGGCUGUUGAUGGCUGCAGUAGUGGCCAAUGGUCUGCUCAAAACUCAACAGUCAACCUGACCAGUAACUCAUUGGCUCCCAUGCCAGGGCCGUCACAGGUUCACCUGCAACCAGUUUCAGAGUCGCAAGCCAAUCAGAAUCUUAAAAUUACUGGGGGGAACCAGACUUUUGCCAAUCAGCUUCCAUCUUUUCAUGAACAGGCCCCGCCCCUUUUGGAGGUUACCCACACAUUGCCCCCUCUGACCCAGACAGUGCCUUGCCAGGACGUUGACAUGCCCAGCGCCAACUCUGAUAGCGGGCAGCCCGAGACCAUAGACCUGAUCACGCCGGUCUCUUCCCAGGGUGCCUCACCAUCUGAAGUUAUGAGGGAAAGCCAGAAGGCUGAGCCGCUGGUACCCACCACCCAGAGGGGGCCUCUGGCCCAAGCCAUGCAGAAUCAGCCUAUGUCUCAUGGCCAGCCCAUGUCUUCUCUCUCCUCCGGUUUGGCACAGAACACCAUGGCUCCUGUGCCCAACUCCAUGUCUUCUCUCACACUUUCCCAGGCCCAAGCUCAGAACCUAUCGCAGUCCCUCAUUCAGUCACUGUCCAAAUGUGCAAGGGGAACAGCAGGGCCAGUGGAAGGGAUCAGGAAAGAUGGAGCCAUUUCAGAGGACACUAAAGCAGCUCUCAAGAAAGCCUUGCUGAAGUCAGCUCUCCGAAACAAAGCCAGAGAUGAAGGUCCUACUGUUUCAAGUGCAACUAGAACUGGAGCCGUUCUGUCAUCCUCCCUAUCUUCUUUUCUUCCGGAACUACGGCGGCCUGUCACAGCACAGGACCGACAAAGAGAAAGAGAAGAGAAGAGGCGGAGGAGGCAGGAGCGAGCCAGAGAGCGGGAGAGAAAGAUGAAAGAGAAGGCAAGAAUAGAAGGAGACUCCCUGGGCGGGGUUCUCCUGAGUGACAACGACAAGAGCCUAUUGGAACGCUGGAAGAGGAUGAUGGACGGCCGUGCUGACAAAUCACAGAGCCUCGACGUUGCGGGAGUGAAAGCAAAGGGCUGCAAAGGAAAUUCUCACCCAGGCAGGAAGUCGAGCGAUAACACCCAGGCAAAAAUGUGUGUAAACCACUCAAAAUUAGACAAGGAAGCAGUGGAGAUUCCAAAGCACAAAAAUACAGUAUCCCAAAUGGAGCACAAUCUGUCAGACAUGUUUCAGCCAAUCAAUACCCAAGGUUCACUGACGGUAGACCAGGCAAAGGGAGGAGAGUUGGGACUAGUGGCUGUGACUGGAGCCGUUGGCACGGUGGAAGGGUCCUCCUGUGGCUUAGCUAAAAACGAUACGCUCAAACCAACGCCGGAUGAGUUCGAAGGACAGAGGAGCUUCAACUGUCAGGGGAAUUGGGACAGACAGCAGCAGGAAGGGGCCGGGACUUCUCAACAGCAUCAACUACCUGUUAACAAUACACCACAAGCUUGUCAGACAAGCUUCCUCCAGCCUCAGGCACUCCCCCUGGAGACAUUCUUGACAAAAGCCCCAGCACUGUCACGCAGAGAAACCGAUGGCAACAUGAGAGCAGAGGAAGGCCAAAACAACAACAUCUCUCACCCUAACUUGGUCACCAGUGGCGUGAGGCCUGUAGAAAAGCAGUGUUCGGCACUGAGAGAGAAGCCUGGGGCCCAAACGCAGAGCCCUCUCUGUGGGGCCUUAGGGGCUCCGUCCCAGCCUCAGCCUAGCCUAGGGUUCACAGACACCGGACAGCCCGCUGUGGCCCCUGACAUCCAUAUGGUCACACUGCAGCUCUCAAAGUCACAGGUGGAAGAUGUGCUGCCCCCCGUCUUCUCCGUCACUCCCAAGGGCAGUGGGGCAGGGUAUGGAGUGGGCUUUGACCUGGACGACCUCUUUAACCAGUCCCUCACUGAUCUCCAACACUCAGACCUCAGAGACAGUUACAAUGACUCAGGACCCCUCUCGGCCUCUUUGCUCUCUGAUUGGCUCGAGGUUCACCGCAUGACUCCAGCCGACCUGGAAUCACUACAGCAGGAGUUACAGCUAGGGUCUCCCAUGAUCCUUUCUGACUCCAUCCCCCCUGAUACCUGACUUAUUUGCUUAAUUCUUGAAUUAAGCAACAACCAGACACUGGAGAUAGAAUCACAAGUCACAGUCAAAUUUCUUUUUUUCCACAAAUGUGUAUACCUGUAUCAGUUAUGAAAUGAUUUGAUUGGCCUAAAGGGCUUUAAUGGUGAACAAGUAAAACAUUUGGCUGCCAGUGUAAACAUAGCCAUUGACUAUGCAACUCAAGUGGCAGCCUUUGACUAGAGCCCAAUAGGAUGGGGAGUUAGGUACCAUUUAGGUUGUAGCUCAGCUUAACCAUUAGGUGAUGAAAGACCCUAUAUAGUACCCCUGUCCUAGAUGUGUUUUUGACAAGAUAGCACAAACUGAUCUGGGAACAGGCUAUUUGUGUAAUAGUGUGGGGCAAAUUUAGCAUAUUUCCAAAGUUUCAUACAUUUGACAUUUAGCAGAUGCUCUUAUACAGAUCAACUUUCAGGAGCAAUCAUCUGAAGGAUGAGCCCUUAUUGAUCAAAUUCUUAUGCGCAUUUUGUAAUGGACACUAAUAUGGCUCAUAUGUUUAUUUUUCUACCAUUUCAUACCAUAUUCAUGGUUAUCUUUAUUAAAGUUUAUUAGGUCUUAACCUGUCUGACUGCUGCUGUCCCCGGCCCUGAAGGAGGAAUGGUUUGCCUGAUUAACAGUCUAUGCAGGUUACUACACUAUCAGAAAAAAAUACAUUGAAAUUGCAUUGAUUUCAGUUGCAGUAUUUGGGUGAUGUUAAUUGGGGCAUGCGAUGAUAAGCUCUUUCCAAUAGAAAACCAAAAUUAGCAUUUCUCAUUGGUCCCAUUCACAGGUCCAAUUCCUCACAUUUCAUCUGGCUUUCUCAAUUGGGUGGUAAUGAAUACAAUACUGAUCAGAAAUUCUUAAAAGCCUGAAGUGAACAAUUUCACUGUAAAAUAACCCUGUUGAAGCCCUUUCCAUCUUAUUUCAAUGUGACCUCCCAAGUGGGGGAGUAUUUCAUAGCACCAAGAUGACCAACCCAGUCUAGUUUUAAGCCUUGUGGAAGGCUUGCAGCAAUUUCCAAUUUCAGAAUCUGUUGAAAGUUGCUGAAAUGAAACGGUUCUGUAAAUGCCUCUGGAUAUGUCAACAUUGGGGAAUGGAGGAAAAAGUGGGUUUCUGCAGAUUAACACGUUAUUUGGGAACUAACAAUUGUCCACUUACAGUAAAAGGGUACGAGUACAUGAAGAAAUAGAGAUUAACUUUGGUGUGGUUCAAGUUCAGUACAGCCUCAGAUGUAGAAAUCAGUUAUUGCCAACUAUAGUACUGUGAAGAAGUAUUAGCCCCUUUCAUAUUUGCUCUUUUUGCAUAUUUUGGACACAUCAACCCAUAAAAUACAUAAUGUGAAUAAUACUGAAUUAAUGAAAUAAAGUUAUGCAACAUCUGAUGCCGAUAAGGCUUUCACAUA